CCCGUCAUGAUGUUUUCACGACGCCAGGAUGUGUGGCGUGGUAACACGCUGCCGCGCUUUGCGUCUCAAGCCAGAGACUUUCGAAGCCUGAGAUUAUCGCUCGAUCUUGCGCCACCGGCCGCCAUGGUGAAUGAAGGACCGCCGACCCCGGAGGCGGUCAAUGCAGCGAUGGAGGAUGUGCCCACAACGGGCCCCCUGGCGAGCAGCUACCGGCGCACCUUGCGGGAGAUGAAAAAGAAAGGCGCGGAUGUGGACCCCGAUGGCCCUGUGCAUUUCAAGCUCUGCGGGGCCUUGAAGAAGCUGGGGCUCACCAAAAUUGACAUGCGCACGUUCAGAGAGUGGGCCGACAGAGUGACGCAGUUCGUCAAAGAAGAACGGGAGGUGUGGCUGGUGCAGAAAGAGGCUUUCCCGGAUGUGGGGAAGGACAAAAAAGUCAGCUUCUGGCUUCUCGGGCCCAGCGAGGCCCAGGGGGUCGACCACGACAGGGUGUGGGUGUUGGAUGCUCACGCCCCCGCCGGGCCGUGCAUGCGCGGGGCCCUCAGGCGCACGAUCGGUUGGAAAGCUGCAAAGGACAGGGGCUCGAAGAAGCCGCGCCUCGAGGAUGGCGACGCCCAUGCUUCGGGGCAGAGCUGCGGCGCCGAAGUCGCCGCAGGGUCCGGCCCAGCGGCGGUCGCGCAGGGCAUGGCACCGGCCCCGGCGGCUCUGGCAGCGGCUUCGUCGGGCGUGGCGCCGGGGGGGGCGGAGGCGGCGCCCGAGCGGAAGCGGAGGAAGACUCCGGCCGAGCACGUCAGCAGCGAGGACGACGACGACGUGUCCAUCAAGACCCUCCGGUUGGACUGCCAGAAGGCUUGCGAGGCCGGCCGCUUCUACGUGCCAGGAGAGACGGACACGGCCCAUUUCCGGGCGAAGAUGUACGUUGGCAACUUGAAAAAACAGAAGGCCGAGCACAUGAAGAGGGAUUCGGAGAAAUCGUUUGCUGAUGAGCUGUCCGUUGAGUCUAGGUAUUUCUUUCAAUACCUCGCCGAUUGGAUCUUGAAUGGGGAAGACGCACGAGGUGAUCGGCCACUUCGCGCCGCUCUUCCGCGAGGCCAAGGAGCUGCACCCCGCCCUGGUCCCGAAGAUUGCGCAGGCGAUCUGCAGCAUCGGCGAAGUGGACCUCCUGGGGCAGUUUUCGGGCUCAGAGAGCGAGCUCGAGAAGUACGGCCUUCCGCCGAAGCACAUCUCCGCCCUUGCUGGGAGCCCGUUCCUGGCUGGCUUCCGGAAGGCCCGGUUCGAGGCGCAAUUCGCCCUGGCGAAGACAGCCAGCUCGUGGCGCGGCGCGUCGCCGGGCCCGGCUGCGGAGCAGCCCGGCGGCGAGCAGCCAGGCGGCGAGCAGCCGGGCGGCGAGCAACCCGACGGCGAGCAGCCCGGCGGCGAGCAGCCAGG